AUGGAGAAACAACAAGAGCAACCAACCCAAACUUUGCCAGUGGCCUCUGAACAGCCUGCUAAAAAGGCAGUUGACGUGCCUCAGGAUGCUACCACUGCUGCAGCCCCCGCUGAAGGCUCCCAGACAGUUGAAAAACUGACUGACGCUUCCACCAAGGAGGAGUCUCAGGAGACUACUGUUUCCCCACCUGCUGCUGAAACUACGGAUAAGGAAAAGUCCCAUACUGCUGAAGAGGUGAAGGAUGGAGCCGGCGUUGAUGCUGACGCUGACGCUCACGCUCAAGUGGCGGAUGCUACAAAAGAGCCUGCUGAUGCGCGCCCUGCUUAUCUCGUUGAUAACCCGGCAUUAUCUCAAUUUUUCGAUCGCCUCGCCCCAGCCAUCGAGACUACCGGCCACAAUGAAAUGUGGGGUGUUACCCUUAAGGAUGCCCAUGACCCACCUACCGCCAAUAUUAUGAUCAAAUUUCUUCGAGCAAACGAAGGAAAUGUUAAACUUGCCGAAGAACAACUCGUUAAAGCUCUUGAAUGGCGCAAGAAGAUGAAGCCUCUUGCAUUGACGGACAAUACUACGUUUCCUACGAGCAAAUUUGGAGGCUUGGGUUAUAUCACGACUCACCAUGAUGCCAAUAGCGGGAAAGAUGUGGUUUUUACCUGGAACAUUUAUGGCUCCGUGAAGGACGUCGACGUGACUUUUGGCAACCUUGAGGAGUUCAUUAACUGGCGUGUUGCAUUGAUGGAAUUGGCUAUUCGUGAACUCCGCCUGGGAGAUGCUACUUCCGUCAUGGAUUAUAACGGCGAGGACCCAUACCAGAUGAUCCAAGUUCACGACUACCAAAAUGUCAGCUUUCUUCGAAUGAAUCCAAAUAUCCGCGCCGCAUCUCGCCAGACCAUUGAAGUUUUCAGUAUGGCCUACCCGGAGCUUCUAAAAGAAAAAUAUUUUGUCAAUGUCCCCGUUGUGAUGGGAUGGGUGUUCACUGCUCUUAAAGUCUUCCUUAGCAAAAAUACCAUUCGAAAGUUCCAUCCGAUUACCAAUGGCCUUAAUCUAUCCCGCGAAUUUAGCACGUUUGGCGAAGAGAUUCCCAAGACAUACGGUGGAAAAGGGGCUCCUCUAUCUGAGACCGGCCGGACUGUCGCACUCCAGGACGAUAUUGCUGCUGAGGUACCUGCAAACGCCGCAAAGGACAAUGGGGAUGGCGCUCAAGCUCCGCCGAAACCAGAGCCGACCCCUGCGGACAUUACAAAGGAACCUGCCCAAGACAACAAACAACAGGACAGCACUGUCACUGUUGAGAUUCCAACUGACGCUCCUGCCAAUGUACGCCAGAAUUGA